AUCCCUAGGCCGUGCCGGGCACCGGAGCCGUGCUGGGACCAUGUCGGCGCGGACGCUGCCGCUGCUGUUCCUGAACCUGGGCGGGGAGAUGCUCUAUAUCCUGGACCAGCGGCUGCGCGCCCAGAGCAUCCCUGGAGAGAAGGCGCGCAAAGUUAUGAACGACAUCAUCACCACCAUGUUCAACAAAAAAUUCAUGGAGGAGCUGUUCAAGCCCCAGGAUCUGUAUUCCAAGAAAGCCCUGCGCACCGUGUAUGACCGGCUGGCUCACGCCUCCAUCAUGAGACUGAACCAGGCCAGCAUGGACAAGCUCUACGACCUCAUGACUAUGGCCUUCAAAUACCAAGUGCUGCUGUGCCCUCGGCCCAGGGACAUUCUGCUGGUCACGUUCAACCACCUGGAUGCCAUCAAGGAUUUCAUCUCCGACUCCCCUGGCAUUCUAAACCAGGUGGAUGAGACCUUCCGGCGGCUGAUUGAGACCUACAACUGUCUCUCUGAUGGCGAAUUCCAGCUCAUCAGGCAAACACUUCUCAUUUUCUUCCAAGAUAUGCACAUCAGGGUCUCCAUCUUCCUGAAGGAUAAAGUGCAAAACUCAAAUGGUCGCUUCGUGCUGCCAAUCUCGGGGCCUGUCCCGUGGGGCACAGAGGUGCCAGGGCUCAUCAGGAUAUUCAAUCACAAAGGAGUGGAAGUUAGAAGGACUGAGUUCACCACUGCUGGGAAUUACGUUACUCCACAAAGGGAAGGAUCUUUUGAGCUUUAUGGAGACAGAGUCCUCAAACUUGGAACAAAUAUGUACAGCGUGACCCGGCCAGUGGAGACACACAUGUCAGGAUCAUCCAAAAACCUGGCAUCCCAGGCAAAGACCCCCUGUUGUUUCCUGCAGGAGAACAUAGCCCCCAACCCUCUUGCUAAAGAAGAGCUGAACUUUCUGGCCCGGUUGCUGGGAGGUUUGGACAUCCAGAAACCCACUGGUGGCGAGACAGGAUUUCGGCUGAACUUGUUCACAACCGAUGAGGAGGAAGAACACGCUGCACAGACCAGACCAGAGGAGUUGUCUUACAAGGUUAUCAACAUUGAAGCCACACAGGAGCCGGGGCGGCGGGCGGAGCUCUCCCGCAUCCUGGGCGAGCUGGAGGUGGCGGAGCCGCGCCCGGGCAGCGCCGAGAAGGGCGAGGACCUGCUGGCACUGAUGGACGGGCUCUGAGCGGGACACAGGGACAACAGGACAUGGGACAUGCGGACACCGGGAUAUGGGGAUAUUGGGACACACAGACAGUGGGGACAUGCGGACGCCGGGACAUUGGAACAAA